UACGAUAAUAUGGCCAAAACAAUACGGCAACGCUGGUGCCGUGGCUGUAACAAUACAUAGGCCUGGGAACACUCUGCCAAGGCUUCACCUGAGCCAAGACUGUGGCUGGGUGUCACGUUGGCAGGCCGUGGGAUGCACAGCUGACACACUCACAUAUAAGCAGGGCAGUGAAUCCUCUGAGCGUGCACAGUAAGUAUGAUGACAGUGGAAAGCAGUAGCAGUGCGGACCUCACCACACUCUUCAAGUCAUGUGUGAAGACCAUCCGCACCCGCAACAAGGCCAUGGGGGUCACCCUGCCGCAGACCAAGAUCUUUCCCAGCUCCCCAACACCUUUCUCACAUUUUUAUUCUCGGGCACGUGAUGUGAUGAGCAACAUAACCAGUCACAGGAAUCUCCUCCAUGAUCAUCGCAAAAAGUACCUCCAGCACCAGGACCACUCAAUGUCAGAUUGUGAAAGAAGUUACAUGGAGAAGGUGGUGAAGACUAAUCUACGCAUUAUAGACGAUAAUAUCCGCACACUCAAUACAGACCUGCAGGGGGAACAGAUGGGCUCAAAGGAUGCCCAGGAGUGUCAGCAGAACAUAAUGACUAUACUGCGAAUGAAUUUCCAGGAGAUUAACUCAACCUUCAAGCACAUGAAAGAACUUAGGAAAAAGAAACAAAAGGAAAAGGACAAUCUAUAUCGACUGCAGCGGCCUGCUGGCUCCAAGAAGCAAACCAGUAGCAUUGCAGAUGAAAUCCAUAGAACACCUAACACAGCUUUGCGGGAGAGCCAAGAAUCUAGUCGAAGUGCCUUGGAGACAUCCCAGUCUGAAUGGAGUGAUUGGCCUGAAAGUCCUGAUGCAGAUCACUCAAGCCAAGAUGGAAAUCAAGACAGGGAUGACAAAGAAACCAGAGGUGGAAGUAGAAGUAGUGGAACAUCAGAUGUGGAGAAAAAGCAAACAUCGUAUUUGGAAGAGGAGAUGGAGAAAAUGCUUGAAGAGCUCAGUGCAGAGGAGAGGCAGAUGCUUGAAGAGGAGAAUACCCACCUGUACAAAGAGCUCCAGUCAAACCACGAGGAAGUACGACAGAUCACGAGACAGGUUGUGGAGCUUGGCCAAAUGCAAGAUCUUCUCUCAGAAAAUGUUGAUCUUCAGACAACUCAGAUUGACAAGAUACAGGAGACGAUAAUAGCAGCAACAGAAAAUGUUAAGGCAGGCAAUGAGCAAGUCCGAGAGGCAAUGAGGAAGGACGCGGGAUUCAGGGUGUGGAUCAUGUUCUUCCUUAUCGUCAUGUCAUGCACAAUACUGUUCCUGGAUUGGUAUAAUGCUUGAAGAGGUGAUACACAUGUAUUUAUUAAUUAUUAAAAGUUUAUUGUCAGUUACUUGUUUAAAAGUGCAAUCUUAUGUGGUGAUAGAGAAAUUUAUUAUACUGAUAUGAAAUAUUAGGUACAUAUUUAUUGAGAUGGGAAUCAGGUGCUUGCUUCUACAGUGAUAAGUUAGUAGUAUUUUGAUUAAAGCAUUCUUUUAUUACAUAGCAUUCUUUUAUAUGUAAUAAUCAUCCAGAAUGCAGGCAGAUCUUGAAAUAUAUUUUGAUGGCACCUAAUAAAUGCUGAGCUAUGCA